AUGAAGCCUUACAAUGGAACUACAGAUCUUGAAAAAUACGUAGCACAAUACCAAGAAAGGAUGGAGAUCAUUCCCAUCCUAGUGCACCUGAAGGAAGCUUGCCUAUGUAAAGGCUUCGGUUCAACGCUUAUGGGAUCAGCUCUCAAAUGGCUGCUUAAUGUUCCUCUAUAUUCUAUUACUUCAUUUGCACACUUAGUCAAUAUUUUCAACAACCAGUUUUCUUUUAGAAGAAUCUUCGAGAAGAUCACUAGUGAUCUCUACCGGGUGGUUCAGGAUCCCAAGGAACGACUUAGAGAUUUUGUUUACAGGUUUGGUAGGGAAGCUCUAAGUAUCCCUAAAAUCAAGAUGACAACUGCUGUAGAGGCCUUCAACAUAGGUCUAAGGAAGGAUUCACCCUUCUAUGAAGAUCUUGUGAUGACCCCAUUAAAGAGAUUGGACGAAGUUAGGUGCCGAGCAUUGAGAUUCAUAAGGCUUGAAGAGGAUAAUGAAAUCCAGAAGAGGUGCAACUGUUCCAGCCGAAGCCUUGGAAGGCCAAAUCCCCGGCCCCAAGAUCCUACAAGUAUAAUCCAUGCUAUGCAGGAUCUCAGAGACAAAGCAAGAUGGCCGAAGAAGGAUAACAAGUCCACCAGUUGGAAAGACAAAUCCAAAUGGCAUGCUUACCAUGAAGACUUCGAUCACAAGACGGAGGAUUUUAAUGCCCUAAGAAAGGAGAUCAUCUACCUCCUUAACAAGGGGCACCGCAAAGAGAUCCUCGGGAGAAAAAGAGAAAAAAUCCGAGAAGAACAACCAUAA